AUGGAGAUGAACUAUCAUUUGCUCUUUAAAAUUCUGCUUGUUGGAGAUGUAGAAGUGGGAAGAUCUGCUCUACCACACUCCACAGCGUCUGAGACUCCCACUUCGACGCCAAAUAUUGGAGUUGAAUUCCUGAAAAAGACCUUAGAAAUCGGUGAGUACAAAAGAUGGAGCUGCGACACAAUUCGUGUCUUUAUAAUGCCUUUGAUAAUGAUUUACAAACAACUCGGCAAUUCAGGCAACUACUUUUGCUCUACUUGUAGUAGUUUUAUUUGUAUUUUUAUCAGUUGGAACGACGAAUUGCCCGGUUAUGAGGAAACGGGAGUACAAUAAAACAACAGUUGUUAAUCAGACGGGCGGGAAGUUGGUUCGAUAGCGGAUGUGUUAGCGUUGCGUGUUUAGUUUACAUGUAAAGAUUAGUGACACCUCAUGCAUUUCUGGCAUUUCUGAGUUCGCUUUUACAAUCUCCAGAAAGAAAGAAAAUCAAACUACAAAUAUGGAACAUAACAGGUCAAGAAAGGUAAGUCUACCAAAUGUUUUAUUUCCUAUGGGUUUCCUAUGAAUUAUAUAUCGCUGAACAUCUAGCCAACGAGCUCGAGGGUGGACUGGGGCAAGAGUGGAUGAACUAGAUUGCGCAAUGCUUAUUUUUAACACAGGUCACCCAAGGUCAGUUUAAGAAAACGAACGUGACUCUGGCGUCAUAAUCAUGUCAUUUCUUUAUGAUGAUGUCAUCAUCAUCAUCAUCAUCAUCAUCAGCAUCACAUCCUUUAUUUAAAAACGAUAAGAAUUCAAAAUUAAUUGAUGCACCCUGUCAGGUCGAGUCGUGCGAUAAACAGAUCUGAGUAAAAGUUAAAAUUAGAUCACUGACAAUACAAAAUUAUAAACAAUUGCCCUAAGAAUGAUAUUGGUUAAGAAAUUAAGAGGAGGCACAGAAAAAAAUCUUCUUAAGGCACUUAACGUAAAUUGAUCCCGUCAUUUUUAACACGCGAGUUCCGGCUUCUUUUAUAGUUUUCUUUGCCUGUUACAGCUUAGUUUCUAUUCUGAGAAAUUCUCAACUUGAAUCUGACGUUUGCCGUAAACGUGACUCUUAGUCUCUCUAUUACUACGGGCUCCACUCUCCCGUAAAUAUAACUCAAAAAUACUUUUUAAAUUUAGCUCCCAGGCCUUGACUCCUAGUUACUACCACGGCACACUCGGCUUUAUCCUCGUGUAUGACAUCACAGAUGACGCAUCUUUUAACCGCAUCGGUAAUUGGUUAAGCAUCAUCGAACAGAACGCCAGUGAAAAAGACUUUCAAAAACUACUGUUUGCAAACAAGUCGCGCUGCUGGUGCGAGGCGUUAAGAACAGUCACUACGGAGAGAGGAGAACUAUAUGCUCGAGAACAUGGAAUGAGAUUUUUUGAGUCAGAUAACCUGGAUCAGGCCAUAAGUUUGAUAACACAAGACAUUUUAAAGAAAGAUCAAGAACAGCCCGCAAUGAAACUGCUCUGUGACAUUAAUAAAUAAUUAAUGACAUUUUGAAAUGUAGACUACGAGCAGUCCCCCAUUCAUUUUUCUCUCUCUCCGCCGCGUGUCGCCUUUUCUCGCGUGGGGUCAUUUUCCCGCGCGCUCGCGUUUCGCUCGCUCUACUAUCCCCGAGGGAAAAUGGGGGACUACUCGUAGUCUAUUUGAAAUGCAACGGAUAGGUAGUGGUACCAGGUAAAAGGAAGAUCUAUGUAUCUAUCAAAAACUAUAUAAAGUAACUUAAAGGUGUUUUUAUUUAACAUCAGCGGCUCCUCAUACUAGAUAUUAAAACAAUUGUUAAAAAGACUUCUACAGUGGAACCUCGAUACAACGAAGGGCCAAGAGACUGAUGAAAUGUAUUCGCUAUAAGGAGGUUCUUUUCCAUAUAUUUUACUAUUACUGGGGUUAGCUAAGGAAUAUUUAACAAUUAUUCCUCGAGCCCGAAUGGACUCUG